AUGGAGCCUUCACUGGAGAUGCCUCUUCCUCAGUCCCUUGAUACCUUGUACACAUCAUGCCCCUCACCCGCAACAUCGGGCUAUGAUAGCGUACGCCUGACUGAGGAGGGAUGUCUUGCAGUACUGAAGUUACCCGAAGCACAGAAAUUAUUCGGCCAUGAAGACGGGCCUGGUUCAUCAUCUUUGCAAGAUGACAUCAAACACGGGCGCCUCUCGUUCAGCGAGCUCAUUCGGCGAAAUAUGAAUUCCCUUGUUGUGCGGGCUGAAAGCGAGGGAAGCGGGGAUGCUGUGCGCUCGAGAUUGGUGCAUGUCGGGUACGCUGCGCUCCUGACGUUUUUACAGGCGAAUGUUACGGGCCCGCCGCUGGGGUUUUGGCCCGAAGAGGUUGUUUUUCCCUUGGAGCUGAGGGGUGAUCCUGCGGUGGUGCGCAGGAUGCGGGAUGUGAUGAUACGAGAGUUAUCCGUGGAUGGGGAGGCGGCGUACAGACUGACGCCGAAUGUGGAGUUAUUUUGCGCUGCGAAGACGAUUUUGACAGGUGAGAAGCUGCUUGGGCGGGGGGGAGUGCCGCUGAUGGCGGUGACGGGGAGGCUGAGGGUGAAUUUUUUGCAUCAGAAGAUGCUUUCGGAAAAUACGGAUACGUUGCAGGCGGUUGUCUAUGAGGACCUUGAUGUGCUUGCGUCGCAGAUUUUUAGGGAAUCCUCGAAUGCUAGUGUUGAGCAACGGGUUCGGUUUUUGCUGGAAAGAGCCGCGAUACAUACGCAUCAUGGUUUUGAUGCGCAGGCGAGAGCCGAUUUGGAACGCGCAGCGGGCGAAAAUCGGUUUGAGUUUGCGCUGACGGGUAGGCUGGGGAAGAGGACGAAGUUCCAAGAUCGUGAUAUCAGUCAGUUGGUGGUUCUGGCGAAGAGCAGGGACCAGGAUGGAAGUGCCUCUUCAGCAACGCAAAUCUCUAAGAAGGAAAGCAUACUGCCAUCCGGACCAAAGAACUUGAAUUUGAAUGACGAUACGCUAUUGGAGAGUAUUUCCUUUAAACGCGAUGAUGAAGGCUCGAAACCUAGCGAAAAAGUCAUGACGGUUCAAGAUAGCUCGGCAUUAUCCGAGUCAUUGGCGGACUUGGAUGCGUCUGACCAGCCGAAACUGAGCCCGCUUGAUUCGAUCGUCCUUCUUGCUCUUGCGUCCGCUAUUACAAACACCAAUCCCGAAGAUGGCUUGACCAGAGAAGAAACUUUGCCGUACGCUACUCGUGUUCUUGAAGGCGGAAGCUCGAACUGGCAAGUUUAUUCGCAGGCGUUACUGGUUAGGAGUAGGAUUGAAGGGUAUAAGUCUAGGACUGUGGAGCGUGGGGUCCUCCAACUACAAGCUCUCGUGGACCAAGUCAUCGCUGACACGGCGAGUGAUUCCCUUCCUGGGGAGGAAGAACAUCAGCAACAGCCAUCCUCUACAUUCCUACCAAGGCCCGAAGCUUCCGAAUCAGCGCCUGCUAGUGAACGGCUGGAGUAUAUUUGGCUCCUUAGUUUUGUUACGAGGUGGGAUCUAGAGGCGGAACUGGCUGCCAGAUGGGUUAAUCUCGGUGGCUUGAGAACCGCUCUAGAUAUCUACGAACGAUUACAGAUGUGGGCAGAGGUAGCACUAUGCUAUGCAGCUACCGACAGAGAAGAUAAAGCGAAACUUAUAGUCAGAAGGCAACUCUACGAUCCAUCCGGGGCCCAUGGGGAGGAAGAUGAAAAUGAGAAAUUCGAAGGCCCUGAACGUUUGCCACUACCUGUGGAUGCUCCAAGGCUGUUCUGCAUCCUAGGUGAUGUUGAUAAAGAUCAUACUAUGUUCGAACGAUCGUGGGCAGUCUCAAAUCAAAGAUAUGCUCGAGCACAACGGGCAUUAGCACGGUAUUACCUUGGCCAGAAACCGCCCAUGUUCGAAAAAGCGGAGGAGGCUUAUAAGCUGAGCUUGAAGAUCAAUCGAUUGAAUCACGGAGCGUGGUUCUCAAUAGGGUGUAUCCAGCUUGAACUAGAAAAGUGGCAAGAUGCAGUGGCCUCGUUUACAAGAACAGUACAACUUGAAGAGUCUGACGCUGAAGCUUGGAGCAAUCUUGCCGCCGCAUUAAUGAAUAUCCCGCCCCCGGAGCCUGAGAAACCAGCGCCAAAAGCAGCCGACGAAGAAGGGGAGCCAGAGUCGGAAUCCGUCAUCGACGAAUACAAACCCAAACGCGAUGCCCUCGCGGCUCUGCACCGCGCAGCGCGCUUCAAACAUACCGACUACAGGAUUUGGGCCAAUAUAUUAGCCGUGGGUGCAUCAAUACCGCCCCCGCAAACACCCUUCCGGGACGUUAUCCACGCACAAAAGCGAAUCAUCGAACUCCGCGGGUCCAAAGACGGAGAAAAAUGCAUCGAUAUUCCCCUUCUCACCUCCCUCAUCAACACCCUCACUGCAAAUUACGACUUUGAAGACGCCGUCCCUGCCUCCACGGAUACCGAUAGCCGCAAAAAGCCCCGCCCCGGCACCCUGCCCGCCCUCAUCUUCUCCCUCGUCGACGACUCCGUCAUCCCAUUAAUCACGCACUCGUCGGCCCUCUGGCUUCUCGUCGCGAAACUCGAACACUGGCGCGGAAACCCGUCUCGAGCGCUGGCGGCGCAUGAGAAGGCGUGGCGGGCGACGGUGGCGUCGUGUACGAGUGCGGCGUUCCAGAUGGGGGACGAGAGGAAGUGGAUGGAUGUUGUGAAGGCUACAGAGACGUUGGUGCGGAAGGGGUAUGCGGUGUUUGGGGGGAUGGAUAGAGAGAUGGAGGGUGGCCAGGGAGCGGGGGAGUUGGUGGCCAAAGAUUGGAGGUUUAAGGCUAGGAGUGCAGUGAGAGGGAUCCUGGGGAAGGGCAAGGACAUUUGGGAGGAUUCUGAAGGGUGGAAGAGGUUGAAGGGCCUGGCGGAGGAAGUUAGUGGUUCUUGA